CCUAUAUAGUGAUGCCGCCAUUUGUAGCUAGUUCAGUGUCUCCGUCCUUAAAUUUUCACUAAAAACAUCUAAAAAAUCGGGGUGUAUGGAUCUGGAAAUGCAGCUGCGGGCCGCCGAGGCCCGAAGGUCUGAGCUGGAGCGUCAGCACGGCGAAGCCUUGGCUGCGUUGCGUGGCUGCGGAGCAGAAACGCUCGAAGCCCGCCAAUCUAGAGUUAGAGAAUUAGAAAAGAAAGUAGCUCUAGAAACGGUCAGGUGCGAAGAACUGCAAUUAGAAUUGGCAGCAUCACAAAGAGGCAGGACGGUGGGCGGGAGUAGUGGUAGUGGGGGUCCACUAUCCACCGCUGGCCAAAAUUGGCCAAAUAAAGGUACUGAAAUAGAAAGAAUUAUGGCUAAAAUAGAGCAAGAUAAUCGAAUAUUAGCUGAGUUAGACCAUAGUCGAUCCACAACGCUGGGAGGCGGUCUGGCGACUAGCGCCAGUAGCCACGCCUUGGGCGAAUGCAGCCCGCCUAUUUCGCCCAUCACCAUGUCCCACACCACGCCCAGUAUAUACCCCACCACUUCCCUCGGUCACAACUCCUACCAACCAGGUACGACCAACAUCUCUCCUUAUAUCUCCUCCAAUCCGGUGAAUUUUAACCCCACCUCACAAUAUCACACCUACACCAACAAGCCCAUGAUGGGUACUAGCAUGACUCAUCACGGUAUGGGUUCCACACUAGGACAAACUUCAGUACUAGGAGGUACUCUCGGUCAUCAGAAUUUGACCACUUCGAUGGGUCCCAACGUCAUGGGUACCUCAUUGGUAUCCACAGGGUUGGGUACUUCGAUAGUACCAUCAAAUUAUGCGACGAGUACCAUCUCGAAUACUACGUUUACUAAUCCUUUGGUCUCCAAUAAUCCCACGGCAUUGCCCACUUCUUUCAAUAAUCCAACGUUUAACAAUUCGGCUACGAAUACCUUAACGCAGUUUAGUCUACCCUACAAUCCGGUUACAACCACAUAUAGUAAUAAUGUCACGUUUUCGAAUCCAUUGAGUUCGCAGUUUAACAGUUUGGCCUUGACUGGACCCAUGGCGAUCAAACUGAAGCCGCUGGAUGAGGUCGAUCUAGGAACACGACGUGUCGCAACCCCCGUCACCCCUCAUCCCCCCACGUGGGGUUUAGGAACGACGACACUGAGCGGAAUCACCGACACAAGAACGAGAAUGUUGACAGAUGGAAUCGAUUCGGAUUGGAGCGGAUUGCACACGGCGGAGAGGAACUACCUCAACGGCCAUAACCAAAGCGAAGGACAAGUUGACAUGCUGGACAUCCCCGGAAAGGGACGCUGUUCGGUGUAUAUUGCCAGAUUCUCGUACGAGCCGGAGCCCGAGUCCGAGGAGGAGCUCAACAUCCAAGCCGGAGACUACCUCCUGGUGUGGGGCGAGCCUGUGGGUCCCGGGGGUUACCUCGACGCUGAACUCCUCGACGGGCGUCGCGGUCUCGUCCCUUCCAACUUCGUGCAACGCCUCAUCGGCGACGACCUCCUCGAGUUCCACCAGGCCGUUCUUAGCACCCUGCGAGAGGAGGAAAUCAAUCAGGAGAAUUUCGCCGCUGAUGUUCAACGUCUUAACGAAAUGGCCGAAAUGUCCGAAACGCAAGAAGACGAUGGGGGCCCUGAAGGUGAGCAAGCUGACCUAUUCUUCUCCGUGUUAGUUCCGGCUCCACGUCAACUCACUCUCGAACGUCAACUCAACAAGAGCGUGUUGAUCAGUUGGACGGCCCCUGACGUCGGCCCCGGCAACCACAUCGAGAGUUACCACGUCUAUGUCGACGGCGUCCUCAAGACCACCAUCAAGGCCACGGAACGGACUCGGGCCCUUGUCGAGGGCGUCGAGAGCAAUCGGCCGCAUCGCAUCAGCGUCCGUUCUGUCACAACCAAUCGACGCACGUCACGUGACGCCGCUUGUACGAUGAUAAUUGGUCGAGAUACCCACCAAUUGGGUCCCAGCGCCGUCAGAGCGUCUAACAUAACUUCAACUUCGGCUGUAAUCAGUUGGUUACCAGCCAACUCGAACCAUCAACACGUCGUUUGUGUCAAUAAUGUUGAAGUUCGAACUGUCAAACCGGGGGUUUACCGACAUACCAUCACCGGAUUGGCCCCCAAUACCCAAUACCGGGUGACCGUACGGGCGAAACACCAUCGCUCCGCCCAAAAUGUGGCCAAUUUAGCUGAGGAUUUGCCAAUGCCGGCGGCCGCCCAUACCGACUUCCGGACGCUACCAAAGGGGCUGCCGGACCCCCCGAGUGAUAUUAUGGUCGAGCCGGGGCCACAAGAUGGCACUUUGUUGGUCACGUGGCAUCCGAUUCUUACCCCCCACCAUCCAGGAUCGACCAUAACCGGAUAUGCUGUCUACGCCGAUGGGAAAAAAGUGACAGAUGUUGACAGCCCGACCGGUGACCACGCCCUAAUUGAUAUCAGCAAAUUGUUGGGCUUGAAUCCGAAACACGUGACUGUGCGGACUAAAGCUCGGGAUAGCCAAUCGGCGGAUUCCGUACCGACGGCUAUACCAAUGAGUGUGUUGCGGGGCGGAGUCAAGGCCCGACAACAGCCGCAUUCGGCGGUUAUGCCCGCCCACAUUCGACAGCAGAUGCCCAGGCAACAGCAAGGACAGAUUAUAGAGCCAGAUGAGAAUUUGAGCGACAAGGAGAUCUUCCCGAGUAGCAACUCGCAUCGACAGCAAUCGGGGAUUCCCUCAAUUGCACAACGCUCCAUUGCAGAAAUAACAAAAGAAUCGUACGAAGUUAAUUUAUCUGAAGACGAAAUGUUGGAUCGACGAAAUCAAAGACAAUAUCAUCAACAAAGACAGUUCAGACAAGGACAACAAACAAGAGAACAACAGCAACAACAACAACCGACACAACAGCAACAACAACAACAGCAACAGUAUUACCAACAAGGCCAGUCCAAUCCUCGUGGCGGAAUGCAGAACAUGCGUUCGGGUCAAAUGCAAGGCGCGAGGGCGGGUCCAAACAACCCAAAUCCGCCCAAUCCGCAAAAGAGGGCGCGUUAUUUCGUCGCAUUGUUCGACUACGACCCCGCCACCAUGUCCCCCAAUCCGGACGCGUGUGACGAGGAACUCCCCUUUUCCGAAGGUGAUACGAUUAAAGUGUUUGGGGAUAAGGACGCUGAUGGGUUUUACUGGGGUGAGUGCAAGGGGAGGAAAGGUUAUGUGCCCCAUAAUAUGGUCAUGGAGGUGGAGGGGAACCAGAAUCGGGACCGAUGGGGCGACAUUUACGCCAACAUGCCCGUCAAACGUAUGGUUGCGUUGUACGACUACGACCCCCAGGAGUUGAGUCCGAAUGUGGAUGCCGAGCAGGUGGAAUUGAGCUUCACUACGGGACAAAUCAUCAACGUGUAUGGGGAGAUGGACGACGAUGGGUUUUAUAUGGGGGAGAUCGACGGGGUGAGGGGGCUAGUCCCGUCGAAUUUCCUCACAGAGGCGCCGGAACAGUACGGUGUGGGACAGACAUCGCAAACGGGGAGUGGCUCAAUGGGGCGGGGCCAACGCGGCGGCAGAGGGAUUGGACCGGGUGCGAGAGGACCGCCUCCACCGCCACGAGAAAACCAAUUGAGGCAAAGGAAUAAAGAUGCCUGCCCUGUGUUACCCUCUCAGUUAGACAAUGCUAUCAACACUGCGACACCGAAUACACAAGUCUUCACCGAGCACAAUCAGGGGAGGGGGAGAGGCAUGAGGCUAGGUGGUAACCAGCAACAGCAACAACAGCCUCUCGUCCAACCCAACAGCACGUCAUCGGGUCAAUCUAGCGGCAUUUUCGGUCAACAACAACAACAGCAACAACCGCAAGCGUUCAGCGGUCAACAACAGCCCUUCUCGGGGCAAAAUCAAUCGCGACUUCAACAGCACAAAGGUGUGCCGCAGGUGGUACCCAAUGUGAUGAUGGGUCAACAACAACAGCAGCAACAACAACAAGGGCCCAAUCUUAUGCAGAAAUUGAACGAGAUUACGGCGCCCGGUGGUGAUAUUCUCUCCAAAGGGAAAGAACUCAUUUUUAUGAAGUUCGGACUCGGAGGGAAAUAAUAUUGUUUGAAAUUUGUGUUGGUUUUUAUUGAUUCUGUAGCUGUUUUUGGAACCGGGUUAUUGCGUCAUAUCGACGCUCAAAUGUUAUAAUAUCGCUAAAGUGUUCAAAUUGCGGAGCAGCUUAUGUGAUGUCGUUUCGAUUUUACACUCAUUUAUUCAUAUCUUAAGAUACAAAUCUAUGUAAGCUGCAAAUAAUCAUUCAGUAUUAUCAUAUAUUUAAAGUACGAAGUACAAAAGUGACCAAUAUCAUUACUAGCUGUUACUGGAUUAUUAUUCAAUUGUUGAAUUUGCUUGCUAUUGUUGUUGAUAAAUACUUUACAACUUGGCAAACAACACCAAGUUUGGCAACGCGGCGAUUCCUAGUCCUCGAUCAUCCUUUUCCCAUGUGUCAACUACGCCACUGACUGGUGUGGCGUAGUUGGCUUGUUGCUAGGCAACUUGUAUUGUUUUGGAAAUUAAAUCAGGGCCGUAACCAGAAUUUUAUUUCUUGUUGGUCCAUGAAAAUGAAAUGAAAGAAGACGGAUUAAAAAAAAAUCUCUAAGCACACGUUUUUAUUUUAAAUUGAAA